CUUUCUCAUCUCAAACCCGUAGAGCCCGUCCCGUCCGGAAGUUCCUGCAAAGAAAUAUACGACCACGACAGUGCCAGCCCAAACAAGGCGUAUGACCUCAAGCUAGGCGAUAAAGAUGUGUCUGUGUACUGUUCCAUGAGCGGGGAGCUUGGAGACUGCGGUGGUGGGGGAUGGACGCUGGUCAUGAAGACUGACGGUGCAAAGCACACCUUUAGUUACGAUUCAAAAGCGUGGUCUUCAAUGUCUUCAGUCUCUCCCGAAAAUGGAGACACGGGGUUGGAUAACUUGGAGACCUUGUUACCAACGUACUGGCGCACGUCCUUUACCAAGAUCUGUCUCGGCAUGAAGGUCGAUGGAGUAACCAGGUUCUUGCGAGUGGAUAAGGCAGCAACCUCACUGUAUGCCCUCAUUGCUGAUGGUCAGUACCGUGCAACCUCCCUGGGUCGAGAUGCAUGGAAGGGACUGGUUGGUCCCAAAGCCUCCCUCCAGCGCAACUGUAAUCGAGAAGGGUUCAAUACGCGGGGAACUUUAAGAAUCGGGUUUGGUGGGGGAUCGGUAGCCGAAGUCCCGUGUGGAAACGUAGCCAGGCACGGCGGGGACAACGGAGACCAAACCAUCAGAGCCUUCGGAUACAUCUUCGUUCAGUAAAGACACUGAACUGCUCUGCUCAAGGAAAAAGCUGCAUAUGACAUAAAGCAUGCUCUUAUCUCAGUAAUGGGGAUUUUAAAUGUGGGUUUUUGCUUUUGCUAUUAAAUGAAGGGAAAAUAAAAGUGGGUCAAUGAAUCAAAA